AUGACAUCUGUUGAAGGAUCUAUAACUGGAAACACCGGAACAGUUGUUUCUCGGGAAGCUGAAUCUACGCCAGCAUUCAUCCAAUCGAACCAGAUACCAAAUGACAAAGAAAACAGAGAAGAUAUAGACAAAGGUGCUGUAAUGCAAACUCUUGGUAAAAAUGCAAACACUUCAACAAAUACUGGGUUAAGAAGAUCAGCUCGUGUUCCCAAACCGAGAGUGGAUAUUGAAAUCGAAUAUUCUACUGAAAAGAGACCUUAUAAGAAGAGAGCAAAAACUGCCGGGAAACCAGGUCCCAAACCAAAGAAGACUUCCAAAGGAGCAAAAACCAGUGUAAAAGAUGCUGGGAAGAACGAUAAAAAGAAGGAUCCAAAACCGAACGCCAAGAAACCUGGCCAAGUAAGCAAGAAAUCGGCCACUAAGGGUAGCGCUUUACCUGCCCAGAAAAAAUCCACUUCAAAUCCGAUAUCCAGUGGUAUUGGACUACAGGAACCUGUAUUAACAGGUACAAAUUGGGCAUCAGCGACUCCCUUGCUGAACUCCGACUUCAAAACCCAACAUAGUAUUGUUUCAAGACUGAAAAGUCCAAAUACAAUUAUGGUGCCUUAUGCUGGAGAUAUUAUUAAAAUAAUGUCCUUUAUCAACAAAUUUUCCGUACUGUUCGGUUCUGAUCUGCUGGGCCUAUCAUUCCAAGAUUUUGAGAUUGGUUUGGACUUAUACCCAGGUGCAUCUUCUGGCUCAUUUAUGGGUGUUUACUCUGAUAUGAAACAAAAAUAUGUUUUAUACCAGGAUAUAUUGCCUAUUAAGGAUGUCAUAGCUUCUCAGGAUAAAGUCACUUUACUGUUUGUUACUUUAUUGAAGGUGGUAUACGCCAAGGAAAAAGACAUUGGCGAACCACUUGAAUUACAGGACGUGAAGCCAUUCCCCAAAAAAGCUGUAAAGUCAACUUUGGAAAAAUUACAAACCGACGCUAAAGAAUGGGGGUAUCCGAUGGAAUGGAGAGCGUUUGCAAAUAUUGACAGAAAAACCCCAAUUAACAAACAUUUCGAGCAUGACGAUACUGUCCCAGUGGAUACAAAGGUACCACAUAUUUUAUGCCCGAACAUCUACGAUUGGCCUUCAAAUGCACCGCUUGAAGACGAACAAAACCCACUUAAAACACCAGAGUUGGCUGAUAAAGGUAUUCUUGCUUUACAACCCAACGACCGUGUAAUUAUGCUACGUGCAUUGGUUGACUGGUGCGUGACCCAAUCUAUCCAGGUACAUAACCAGAUACAUCAUUUGUCCCAUUUGAAGUUUGAACCUGAGUUUGGCGUUCAGACGCAACAUGUACCCAGGUAUCUUAUCGAUGGUGACAAAUCCACUUUUCUUCUGUUCAAAAAACUGUGCCACUUAGUACAAAAUCGAUUGGAGAUCCGUUCCAAGAAAAAGCAUUACAAGAAGUUGCUGAGACAAGGCAAACAACCCGAGCUUCAAAAGAAACUGGAUACUAUCAAAGAGAUCAAAGAUGCUCUACAAAAAGCAGAUGAUCCGGAACAGGAAGAUCGUUUAUUAACAUCGUUCUAUGACAAAUGGGUGUCAGUGUUCGAGGGUGAAUUGCACGACAACCCGCUAGCCAAUCCAUUUGCAAAUGAAGUGUAUCAGUUGAGAUGCCAGGAAUUUUUCAUAGGAAGAAUUCCACAUAUGGGUGACUUUUACCUUCCAAGACUGCAUUCGUAUGGCUCAGAUGCCAAGAUCAGUACAUUUACCGAUUUGCGAACAUUAAAUGACAUAUUACAAAAAUUCCAAGAAGGAGUCUAUAACAGUGAUACACUGUUUGAAAAUUUUGGGCAGAACAUGAGCAGUCAGUUCAAAGUUCUCUAUCACGAUACACCCAGCUUGGUUCGUGAUGUCAAUAAAGGCGUCAGUACCCAUGGGAAGGUCUACUGGUACGAGGUCUGCCAUGAUUUGAAAACGCUACAGGAAUUUAUCGAACUUAUAGAUCUGAAGAUAUUUCGCGCACCUGCUAAAACAGAUGUUACUGCUACUAUUGCAGAUGGUCCAUUAGCGAGUAAGGAAGUCACACCUGUAGCUAAUGAACCGGUAGAAAAACCGGACGCGCCCAGUGCCAGCAAAGAUAAGAUGACGCAUGACACGACGGUAAACAAGCAUCCAUUGCCCAAAGACCCCAAGUACAAUCUUUCGAGAGCUCGCUUACAAAUUAUGAAGGAUUACUUGUCUAAAAUGCAUUUUGUUCUGGCUGCUUACGAAGAUCUGAAAGAGAAAUAUGGUGACAUGAAACCUGGGAGACGUCAACUGAGAAGAGUACAUAAGCUCAACUAUUCAGACCAGGUUCUAGAUGGAUCUGAUGAUGAUGCCCCCUCUGAAAAUGAGUACCAAGAUGAGGAUUUAGAAGCUGAUGUAGAGGAAAUUGAAAUAGAUGCUGAUGAUGACAGUUCUGAUGAAUAUGAAGAGGAGCCACAAGAGGUGAAACCUGCUCGUCGCGGUCCUGGCAGGCCACGGAAAAGACCGUUAUCUGAUGAAGAAUAA